UUCCCAACUGGCAGCUUUGCACUGGCAUUAACAUCAUGGAUUGUUAGAUUCCUCUCACAAUGCAGGCAGCAGGAGGACUCUGUGGACUCUUCCUCGGCAGGUGUUUUUCUAGUUGGAUUUUAGCCUACUGACAUUCUCCCACAGCCAUGGAAUCGACAGUUGAUGACGAUGCAAUGGCAGCGUGAAUGAAGCUUGGCGUGGGGAGAGCUGAACGAUGCCCAAAGGUGGGGGUUCUAAAACCCCCCAGCUGGACCACUUCCCACUCAACACCGACAUGGUGGAAAAACAAGGAUAAAGUGUUGUCAAACAAGGCUCCCAAAUUGGAUCGCAGUGAUGGCGUCAAAGAGAUGAAAGAAAAGGCCCCAAAAAGGAAACUGCCCUUUUCUGCUGGAACUAAUGGAGACCAGAAAGAUUCUGACUCAGAGAAACCAGGUCCAGAGCGGAAGCGCAUUAAAAAGGAGCCCACCAACACCCGGAAGGCGGGCUUGCCGUUUGGAAUGGGGAUGCCAGGGAUCCGGGCCGGGUACCCCCUCUCUGAGCGGCAGCAGGUGGCCUUGCUCAUGCAAAUGACAGCUGAGGAGUCCGUCAACAGUCCAGACACAACACCAAAGCAUCAGUCACAGUCCAGUCUGGGGCAGAAGGGAACGCCAAACUCUGCAUCUAAAACCAAAGACAAAGUGAAUAAACGGAAUGAGAGAGGAGAAACUCGGCUGCACAGAGCAGCAAUCCGUGGAGAGGUACGGCGCAUCAAGGAGCUCAUCAAUGAGGGAGCUGAUGUGAAUGUAAAAGACUUUGCAGGCUGGACUGCAUUGCAUGAAGCAUGCAAUAGAGGUUAUUACGAUGUGGCCAAGCAGCUGCUGGCAGCCGGAGCAGAGGUCAACACCAAGGGUCUGGAUGAUGACACCCCUCUACAUGAUGCAUCCAACAAUGGACAUUUUAAGGUGGUUAAGCUACUUUUGCGGUAUGGAGGGGACCCACGUCAAAGCAACAGGCGAGGUGAAACACCACUGAAGGUUGCCAACUCUCAAACUAUGCUGAAUCUGUUGCUAGGAAAAGGCACUUACACUUCAAGUGAAGAAAGUUCGUCAGAAUCUUCAGAGGAGGAAGAUGCCCCCUCAUUUGCCCCAUCCAGCUCUGUCGAUGGCAAUAACACAGACUCUGAGUUUGAGAAGGGCCUGAAGUUAAAAGGGAAAACCAUAGACACUCCUAAAUCUGCUGUCACACCAGUCAAAGAUGAAUAUGAAUUUGAUGAGGAUGACGAGGAGGAACGCGUCCCUCCUGUGGACGAUAAACACCUCUUGAAAAAAGACUUUCGUAAAGACUCGAUCAGCAAGGCCAACAGCUUCAUCUCUAUCCCCAAGAUGGAGGUCAAAACCUAUUCCAAAAGCAACUCGCUUACACCAAAGAAAACCAUCAGGCGGAUCAUCUCUGACAGUAACAGUUCAGAUGAGGAUGAUAGGACGUUGUGUUUCACACCAGCGCCUACGCCACGGCAACAAGCCCAACAAACAAAUAGCAAGACAAGAGAUGCUGGCAGCAUGAGCUCUAAACAACAGAAAGACAAGAAUAAAGUCAAAAAGAAACGGAAGAAGGAGAGUAAAAAUAAUGUUAGUAAAGAAGUCAGGUUUGGUAAAGUCAAUGACAAAUUCUGUACAUCUGACUCUGAUUGUGGAGAUAUGGAGAGUGAGGAUGAUAAGGGCUCAAAUAUAAAGGAUUCGUCUGCAACAAGUUUGAAAGAAUCCCCAGGCUUUAAUGCAUCUUCCUCCUCUUCCCAUGGAAACUUGAACUCUCAGAAACAAGCACCAUCAUUAGCAGAACAGCAUCCCAAACAAUGGCGGACAGAUGGAUGGAAGACUGUGUCAUCUCCUACAUGGUCAGACGUCAGUUCUCUUUCGGAUUCAGUCAGAACAAGACUGUCCAGUGAGUCAGAUUACUCCUCUGCUGAUUCCAGUGUGGAAUCAAUAAAACAAGUUAAAAGGAAAGCUCAGGAGAACAAAAAGAAAAACAACAAUGUGCAUAGUAACACAGACAAGAAAAACUCUGAGCUCUACAAAAAUGCAGACAGUGCUGUCUCCAAAUCCGAUAUAGAUGGCAAAGUGCUGAAAAAGCAUAAAGUUAAGCACAAGCACAAAACUAAGGAAAAGGAAAAAGCUCCUAGCCUAGUGCUUAAUCAAGACAUGAAUGAGAAAUUUGUCAAGAGCUUUUCUUUUGAUUUUGACGAUUCAAGGCAGAAGUCCUUAAUUGUUGAGUCAGAGUCACCAGCUGAGGGCAAAGUCAAGUUAUCCAAACACGAAAAAGACCAUUCAAAAAAGGAGGAUAGGCUUUUGAAAAGCAAGUCUGAGGAUAAGGAUUGGUCAUCUGGAAAAGACAUCCAUAGAACAGCAAAAGAGGAUAAAAAUAGGAAAACAAAGGACUCUGCCAAGGACAAGACAAAUAAGGAGGAGAGGGAGAAACCUGUAAAAUCUGACAAGGAUAGAAAUGUCAAAGAAAAGGAGAAGCCCAAGGAGGAUAAACAAAAGACUCACAAAGAGGAGAAAAAGAAAAAAAUUAAGGAAAAGUCCUCCUCAAAGGCAGACAGGAAGAGUGAGCAGAAAGAGGAAAAGCAUCUAAAGAUGGACAAGGAGAAAAACAGCAAGGAGGAGAAAGAAAAAUGUAAAAAAGACAAAGCACUAAAGGAAGAGUCUGAGUAUGAAGGCUAUGAUGUUAACAACCAUUUCCUCAACCUGGAGGAUACAAAGCUCAGUGCCUCAGAUGACCAUCAUGACAGAUGGGGCUCUGAAAUGUCCUCUGAUUCCUCCAUCUAUGGAGAUGACAGCUGGGAUGCUCCUGUCAAAGAGUACAAAGAAUAUAAAGCUAACAACACGGUAAAACUAAUUGUUGAGACUGUCAAGAAAGAGACGAGGAGGAAAGAAAAGGUCAAGGACAAGAAAUCGGAUCACAGUGACAAAAGAUCAGAGAAAGAAGCCACUUUUAAAAAGAAAGACAAAGACUCUUCAGAAAAGACAAAUGACAAGAAAAAAGACUGGUCAGAAAAACAAAAAUUAAAUUCCAGUCACUCAGUUGAAAAAGAAAAGAAGCGGAAGGAGUCAACAGACACAGUCAAAGAUAAAAAAGAAAAGGAUUCUCUGGAAAACAGUCGAGACCGUAAAGACUCAUAUGAGUUUGUGAAGGAAAGAAAAGACAUAAAAAUCAAGCAAGAGCCUAUAAGAGAUGAAUAUGGCAGUGAUACUUUCUUCAAAGACAUUGAUGCUGGGAAAUUGUGUGAUAUCAGAGAAAGAAACCACUCUGGAAAGGAAAAAGAAAAGAAGGUUGAGGGAAUGGAAAAGCGUGAAAAGACAAAAGCUGACAAGCACAAAGAGAAAACAAAAGACAGAGGAGUUGAUCAGGAAAAGGACAGGAGUGAGAAAAGCUCCACAGAAAAAUCUGUCAAGGAAAAGGAUACAGACCGGGGCACCAAAGACAAGAAGGAGGGAGUCAAAGACAAACACAAAGAGUGUCACAGCAAAGACAAAGAUCGAAAAAUGUCCUCAGAACAGACCAAGGACAAGAAAGAAAAGGCUUCUCAAGAUAAACAUGCAGAUCGAGAGAAGGAUUUUUUGGAGGUAAAGAAAGAGGAAAGAAAACCCGAGAAAAUCCGUGAGAAAACAUGGUUCAAGAUAGCUGACGUAUUCACUGAUGAAAGUGAUGAUGAGGAGGACAGCUACAAUGGUGGUGUGCUCGUGUCUGACUCCAUCAGAAAAGACUCAACGCCCGAUCAGGAUGAGCUGGAUAACUUUCCUUCAGAAAAAGUGAGAAAAUCUUCUGCAGAGGCUAAACAUAACACUGAAAAGGCAAAAGACAAAGAACACAAAGAAAAGAAAAAAGAAAAGGCCACAUUUGACACAGGUAAAGAGAGGAAAGGCUCCCUAGAGAAACACAACAAAGACAAGAAAGAUUCUGUAGAUGUGAAACAUAAGGAAAGAAAAGACAGAAUGUCAGUGGACUUGAACCAAGACAAGAAAAAUAAGCAGAAGCUGUUGGACAAAAGAGACACCAGUGAGGAAAAGACAAAGAACAAAUAUAAAGACAAACUGGACCAUUCUAAGGAAAGGAAACCAUCAAAAGGCAGUGGAGAAAAUGAAAAGUCCCUGUUAGAAAAACUGGAGGAGGAAGCUAUGAAUGACUAUAAGGAUGACUCUAAUGACAAGAACAGUGAAAUCUCUUCAGAUAGUUUCACUGAUAGAGGUCAUGAGCCAGUCCUCACUACUUCAUACUAUGACUCCAUCAGCUUGGCUGAUGUGUCUGAGGACAGGAGAGACUCUCUGUCCAUAUCUACACCCCAGGACAAGUUCAGAGAGAAAGAGAGACAUCGACAUUCCUCUUCAUCUUCGUCCAAGAAAAGCCACGACAAGGAGAAAGAAAAGGUCAAGAAGGACAAAGGAGAAAAACGUGAUAAGACAGAAGAAAUAAGAGAAUCCUACAGCCGCCGAGAGAGCCUACCUUUUGAAAAAGAACCAAUGCCUCUAGAGGCAGACCCUUACACAUUCCCAUAUGGAGGUAAGGGAGAUGGUGAUGAUGACUUUGAGAAAACAUUGGAAUUUGAAAAAGAGAUGUCCAAAAAGGACAAAGACAAAUCAACUGGUGUCAUUGGUGAUAGGGUGAAAGACAAGAAGAAAAAGGAGAAGCAUAAGGAAAAACUCAAGGAGGAGAAAAAUAAAUACAUUGAUGGCUUUGGGUCAUUUAAACACUCUAAAGAGGAUCUGAAGUCAGGGUUGAAAGAUAGCCCCCAGGUCACUAUUCUGAAAGACAGGUCAAAAGAAGAAAGUCCUAAAUUUGAUAUGAAGAAAGACAGAAAUCGGGAGACAUUGGACAAAGACAACAGAAUGGACCACAGCAAAUCAAAGGCUAAGGAUGAAAAUGAAAAGCUCACUCAGUCCAAAGACAUGGUGCGCAAAGAUAAUCGUCCUCGUGAAAAACUGUUGGUGGAUGGUGAUUAUCAAAUGACAAGCUUUGGUCAGAUGUUGAGUCUUAAAGACCAGGAGAUUGAAGAGCGCCACAAGAGACACAAAGAAAGAAUGAAACAGAUGGAGAGACUAAGACCCAAGUCAGGGGACCCUAAACUUAAGGACAAAACUAAGUCCACAGAAGAAGUCCGUAAAAACCGCAGUGAGCUAUCAUCAAAAAAAUCCAACAGCCUGGAGUCUGGUCUUAAAGAGAAGAAACUAAAGGAUGUGGGUCUCCCAGCUCAAAUGAUGUCCCCAGGCAGGAAGUUCCAGCCUUCAGACAGUCAAAACUCAAAGGACUGGCUGGCCGGCCACCAAAUGAAGGAGAACCUCCCUGCUUCACCCAGGCCAGAUCAAAACAGGCCAACUGGUGUCCCCACACCAACAUCGGUCAUCUCCUGCCCCAGCUUUGAGGAAGUAAUGCAGACGCCACGUACCCCAUCUUGUAGUGCAGAGGAUUACCCUGACAUUAUGUUGGAUGGUUUGGACUGCCAGAACUCAUCAGCUAUGACUAUGUCAAUGAAUGCCUGCUCCCUAUCCUUCUUUGAAAGCAGGUACUCAAACUCCCAGAGUUUCCAGGAGGGCACCUGCCCUACCCCUGCAAAGAAUCUCCAGCUGCCACUUGUCAGCCGUUCAGCAUCCUCAGAUGUUCGCAGGCCUUUGGAGGAUGAGUUCAAAGCUGAAGCUGACAAGUUCCUUCGACAGCAGAGUGAUCCAGUGGCUGACUUUGAUCCGUCAUCUUCCUCCCAAACUCUAGAGGAUAAAUCAGCAGUUGUGGAUAGGGUGGAAUGCCUGUCAUCUCCCUAUUUCUCCCCGUUGAGAAUAUUAUCCCCUCGGGAACCAGCCCAUCCAACACCAGAUGUGGCAGCACCAACGCUUGCUGGCACCGAAGGUAAUGAACACCUUCCUGAAAGUGUAUACAAUUUCUUGCCCAAACCUUCUACACCAAUUCACAGGCCAGACCCUCAGGAGCCAUGCUUUGACAUCGCUGCACCACCAACCCCAGCUCCUGCCGCUUUGCCACCCCUGGACAUCGAUGAUAUCUCUGAGCCUCACCAUAGUGAGCCUAACCUGGUCCUUUCAGAUCUUCCUUCUGUCACAGAGGAACAGGAAGAGGAGGAGGAUGAAGAAGAGGACGAGGAAGAGGAGGAGGAGGAGGAGGAGGAGGAGGAGGAAGAAGAGGCAGAAGGUGAAAUGGAUGAGAGGGUUGACAGAGACCAUUGUACAGUGGAGGAGCCUGAACAAACAAGGGAACCAUGUUCUUUCUCCCCUCAAGUUGAGGACCCUCUGAGGAAGAGCUGGCCUGCAGAGUCUCCAGACCAGCAGGACCAAGAUGUCCACCAGCUUUCCCCCAUACAUUCUGUACCCAACCAUGGAGAGAACUGUUUUGAUCAUACCAUGGGUUGGAACCCUGAUAUAGACCUCAAAUCUCCCCACAGAACAUAUGGGGAGAUAGAAACUGCUGUCUCCAAAAUAACCAGUCUAUACUCCCAUUCAGACAGUGACAUGCAACACUUGUCUGGACACCCCUCUCUCACCUCUCCUUAUGCUACCUGGAACAGGUGGCACAAAGAGGACCCAGAAGACUUCAAUGAGCAGAAGGAGGCUGUUGCUGACAUCCCCUCUCCAGAGCGACCUGACACAGCUUUGGAUGGGGAACCCAACUAUUUGAACACCUCAUCAUCCUCCAAUAGGCUGGAGUCUUUCUUCCAGGACUGCAACAAGCCUAGCAUGGGGGAUAGUCACCAGAUGGACAUAGAGUCAACAUGUGUAGAAGCAGACAGCAGACAGAGCACACACAGCUUUAGUGCUGCCACAGAUGGCCACCUGACUCCACCUGUGGGUCCUGAGCCUGUAGUGCCCUGGGCAGACCCAUUCUCAUCUGAUGCAGAUGACCUGGGACUGUUCUCCUUGCCUGAGCUACCACUACCAGACAAGCCAGAAGAAGCUGAGUCUCGAGACCUUGAACUAGCUGACCACAGUAAAACUGUGUCGCCCCACAUCAGACAUUCUGUUACAGACAGAGAUGACCCAGACAUAAUGGAGGUGGACCUACCAAGUCUGGCUAAGACUUCAUGCCCUGCUGGAGACCUAGGUUUAGGAGAACCUACUGGACAAGACUUAGUUGUACCAUCACCACAUGCCAACUUCCAACAAGAGUUGGACCCUGAACCUCAAAGUGUCCCAAUCAACAGCUCUCUCUCUCUUACACAACAGCAGGGCAGCAUGUUGGAAAGAAAAGGACCUUAUGGGGGACCUGAUGAGUUGGAUCCUAACAUGUUGUAUUCAUCUGUGAAAUCAGAUACCAAUCAGCAACAUCACAUACAGAUCCACUCCCUCACCGAGUCGUUGCAGUUACCCCUGGAUCAAUUGUCUGCUGUCAAAACAGAGAUGAGACAGGAUGAGAUGUCGGAGCCUGUGGCAGAAUCCCUGACAUGCAGCCCUCUUCCUCAGCUCCCAGUGGCAGUCACCCUUUCCAGCACAGUGGAACUACCAGACACUCAGGAGACCAUAUCAAAGCUAACGCCAGUAACUCUGACCACUGUGUCCACCAUUGUAGAUAUCCCCAAGAAGGUGGAUGAAAUCCCUCAAAGGAUGACCCGCAAUCGCGCCAAGAAUAAUCCCUCUGCUGCUGCUGUCCCUCCUACCUCCAGCAUUAUAACCUCAUCUGCCGUUACCACCCCUGUAACAACCAGUCCAGCAGUAAGCAUUAACCCGAUUCCUACUAGAACCCCGACACCCACCUCAGCCUCUUCUUUCUCAGCUUUGAAGAAAGACAAAGAAUCUGUGCUUAGUGUCUCUUCUACUGCAUCUAAUUCAACGCCAGCUGUGUCUAUACCUUCUUCUGUGACAACUUCUGCGUCAGUGGUUCUCAGUAAGACGACAAAAGGCCGCCCUCUCCCAGUGGAUGAAGAGGAAUCUCAGACCCAGCACCCACGAAAGAGGAAAUUUCCACGUUCUGCUGGGCAGCAGGUCCAGGUCCAGCUGGUAAACACAGCCAUGCAGCAGACCAGGGAAAUGAUUCAACAGACUUUGGCUGUAGUAGUCAAUGCCAUCAAGCUGGAUGAUAUUGAGCCCUACCACAGUGAUCGUUCAAACCCUUACUUUGAGUACCUGCAGAUCAGGAAGAAGAUUGAGGAGAAGAGAAAGAUUCUGUGCUACAUCACGCCACAGGCCCCGCAGUGUUAUGCUGAAUAUGUGACCUACACUGGCUCCUACCUGCUGGAUAGCAAGCCCCUCAGCAAGCUUCACAUCCCAGUGAUUGCUCCACCUCCAUCACUGUCAGAACCUCUGAAAGAGCUCUUUAGACAACAGGAGGCAGUACGGGGGAAGCUCAGAUUACAGCACAGCAUAGAACGGGAGAAGCUGAUUGUCUCAUGUGAGCAGGAGGUUUUAAGGGUCCAUUGCAGAGCAGCCAGGACAAUAGCCAAUCAGGCUGUGCCGUUUAGUGCCUGCACCAUGCUUUUGGACUCUGAAGUAUACAAUAUGCCAUCAGAGAGCCAGGGUGAUGAGAACAAAUCUGUGAGAGAUCGCUUCAAUGCUCGUCAGUUCAUUUCCUGGAUUCAGGAUGUGGAUGAUAAAUAUGACCGCAUGAAGACGUGUUUGUUGAUGCGGCAACAGCAUGAGGCAGCAGCCCUGAAUGCAGUGCAAAGGAUGGAGUGGCAGUUGAAAGUCCAGGAGCUGGAUCCAGCAGGGAACAAGUCCCUCUGUGUCAACGAAGUGCCGUCCUUCUAUGUGCCAAUGGUCGACGUCAACGACGACUUUGUCCUGCUGCCUGCGUGACACACCUGUGCUCACAGAUAGAGAGCAAACUUUGCCUGAAUCACUUCUUCUCAAAGAGACUUCGUUGAAUAGAACGAAUGGAAAGGGCUAGCAAGUUUAAAAGAGGACUUUAGACAGGAAAAAAUUAUAUUCUGUAGAAAAAGAGUAUAGAUGAAAAACUUGCUCUUAAUUCCCUUCCGUGAAGAAGGAAAUGUGUUUUUACUGGCGAAAAAGAAAAUACACAACUUGCACUUUCACCCUCAAAGUUUUUACGUUUAUGUUUGAUCAGAGUGUGAGAAGCAGAAAUGGUUUUUGGUUUGAGGCUCUGACAUCAGGACACAACAGGGGACAGAGGUAUAUUUUCUUUGUUCAUUUUUGGUCCCUGCUUCAAUAGACCCACCACCACCACUGGGAGGAGGUAACAGAAAAGAGCUAUCCAGACAGCGUGGUGCCUGUCCUGAGGGUGGACUGAGGAGGAGCCUCCCUUGUUGACCCAGGACUCCUGGUGGGCCAGCUGAACUAGACAAGAUCCAGUGCUAGUGGCUAGAGUCAUGGUGGCUCUUCAAUGUGUAUCUACAGCAAAGACAGCUGGAAUGGACAGACCAGGAGGCUAGAAUCAGAUGCUGGUGGUUUUGGGGCUAUAAGAUAGUACACCCAGAGGACGCCCUCUCUCUCCACACUGCAGCAGGUUGGAAUACAGCUGAGGGUUAGUGAUGUGUGUACAUCAGGGCCCAGUGUCUGAGAGGAAGAGACUGAGCGUGCGGCCUCUCAGUCUGGCUAAGCGGAAGAGGACCUAGAUCUCUGAGGACAGACCGGAGUGUUCCUCAGCCACCUGACUUGCUCCAACACAAACACAAUAGACCGCCAUAGACUGCAAAAGCACGACAGGACAAGCAAAAGAAACAAACAAUGAAUGUUAAGAUUCAAAGAGACUAUUGAGAAAUUGUGGUUUGGCAGAAGGAGAGAAAUAUUGUUUUUGUCUAUUUCUUUACUUGGGCAUUUCAUUGUUUCUGAGAAAGUGACUUGAAACACUACAGAGCCAAUAUUAGUUUAAUGGAAAAAAACAAACAAAAGAAAACUGAAAAAAAAGUUGUAUUCCGUAAAUUAUGUACAGUUUUUAUAUUCGUUAACCAAUGUAUUCUUGCUGCCUUCUAGAUAAUUUAUUUUGCCACACAUUGCUGCACAGUUGUAAAUAACCUAUGUACUGUAAUAUCACUCAGUUAAGUGUAAAGAAAAAAACAUAAAAGUAAAUAAAAUAAAAAUUAUCUUUUUAUGUACAGUUCAUUCUUGGGCAGCACUCCUCCCCCCCCUCACAUCCAUGGGCCAAAAUGUGUACACGACUCUGUCAGUAUUUGAAAGACUCCAGUGCACAGUUGUAAGAUCCCAUCUCCAGAUCCAGUCAGGGGUUAGGUAAAGUCAACCGAAUGUGUCUCACCACAACACGCAAAUAGCUGACAGAACACGUCUGGAUUCACCUGGCCUCCCAUAGGUCGACCACUAUAGAGUCCCUCAGAUGUAGCAGAAUAGUUAUUGAGGAUUUAUUUAAAGAAUACACAGAGGAUUAUUAUUCAUUGCUUUACUACACAAUUAUAUCUGAAAAAUUUCAAACCAAGAAAAUGCCUUUGUCAGUAGAAAAAAAAUGUACUCAUUGUUGGGCAAAGUUACAUACAUAUAUGUGAAGAAAGAGAGAUGUCAUUCACAAGCAAAACCAUCAUGUUUAUGUAGUGGUUUCAAAUUUAUUUUUUUGUUUUAAUGUAUAAAAAUUGGACCGAAAUCAUUUCUAAUCAUCACAAAACAAAACAUGACUGUCUAAAGUCAACCAGACACAGGUCUUUCAGCACUUAUUAUACAUAUUCUGUUCUCGUAGCCUGUCUUCUCUUCACAACUGCUGAAAGGUUUCAUUCCAUACUGACUUUAAACAUUGUUUUGCCAGUCUGUCUGCCCUUUGUUCAGCUUAUUUUCCUGGUGUUGUUCCAGCUUUACUCACUGGAUGGCACCAUUGCUCGGUGUGUCAGAAAACUCAAGAACCUUAUUCAUCUUUGCAUGAGACCUGUGGCCUUUCACUUAAAUGGGUGUUUUUAAAUAUAUUAAUAUUUUAUUACAGCCCGUAGGGAGUUCAGUUCCCUUAUAGGAUCCUAAUGCGACACCUUGACCCGUUUUACUCGUCAGCGAAAUUGUAAUAGGCUCAAAAACAUUUAGAGCCAGUAACACCUAAUACUUUUUUAUAAAUGUUUAAUCAGUGCUUGACUUGUUUUGUCAGGGAUUUUAAAUGUUAGGUUACGUCCUCAUAGUGCUCCAUUGUGUGGUGGUAUUUUGCCAUAAUUGUUCUGGUGUCAGGCCCAAGCAGACAGUUACAAGGCUUACAUCUUAAAGUGAACCAAAAAGGGAACAGACAUCGACACAAACAGCAGAGGGGAAGGCAAGAGCUUAUAGCUGAAAAGACCGGUUUUGUUUUUAAAUUGUCCUCAGUCCCAAAUCCCAUUGAAUUGUUGUUUUGUAAUGAUUGUGAUAUUGAUUCUAUAUUUUUAGUGGGCCUUGGUUUUGAAAAGCUUUCCUGACCUACCACAUAGGCUGCCUGUCUGUGUGUGAGAGCUGCUCAUGUAUCCUGAUGGCAAUAUUACCUGAAACGUUUGAGUUAUUUACACACUGUCAAUCAGUGUAGCUGUGUAUGGUAUGUCUGGUCAAGUGCAAUGGUUGUUGCUAUUACACUGUGCAGACAAGGUGGUUAGAUGUAUAGUCCUGGAUAUUUUUGAGAGAUUCACACAACCUGGUUGAUAUACUUACAUAUUUGGAUACAAAUAGCCAGAAAAUGUUUUUGUUUUUUUUUUAAACCCCCUGUUUGUCUUGAUUUGUUUUUAUUUAGUUGUUGGGUUCUUACAGUUUUUGGGAAGAGGGUUAAGGGCGUUUUUUUGUUCACAAAAUCCUUGUGUGUGUGUUUCUUAGCUCAGUGUAUGUAGUUCUGAAUGUUGUGUUUAUCUUAAGGGUUUUGGUUCCUGUAUAAAGCAUAAACUACAGAGGCAUGUCAAUCACAUUGCUUAUCGAGCAGAAUGUAUACCGUUAUUAUGCCCUGACCGACAACAUCCUCUCACUAUUGUUUACAAGAAAUCAAGUGUGUUUCUGUUUUAUGUGUCACCAUUUAAUGGUUUAAGCCCUGCCUUUGUUUUUACUUCUGUAAUCAGUCAUUUAUGUGAACCACAAAGGCUUGAAAUGGUGAUAGCUGACACAAGUGACAGGCAACCUCUCCCCCAGUCUGCGGUACACCGCUGCACAGAGCAAUAGACUAAACACAUCCAUCUGCUUUGCUUCUCCAGUGUGAAUAUGCAUCUAAUAGUGAUUUCUGGAUCAAUUUGAAUACAGACACAAACACACGUUAGUGCUCAGAUGCACAGUAGAGCACUUGGCCGUGGUGAUACAGAUGCUAGCCUGACACCACCUCAGUCAACAACAUAUUACCUCUACUCUCCUCACAUUCACUCAAUGUUUAUUUUAGAUUUAUUAUUUGUGGGGGGGGUUUCCUUACUGGACAUAAUUAUACAUAGGUAUUUUUUCAUCAUAUAGAAUCACGAUUUCAAGCCUUUUUAGUUUUCUUUAGUGUUUUUGUUCAUUAAAACCCAGACUGUAGCCGUUUCUUUGUUCCUUUUUUAGAAUGGAAGAUGACUAAUAAAAAGCAUGGAGAACUACUCUUUAAAUGAUGAGAAAUUACCUAUUUAUUAUCUUUUUUUUCUGACACCUGUGGUAUGUUUUGAGUUAAAGUUGGUCUCCGCUGUGUAAAUUUUCCUCCUUGUAAUGCGUGAAAGAGACAUACUGUACAUAGCUUUGUAAAUAAAUCCUCCAGGACGUUUUGCACCCUCCUCUUUGUACUAGUCUGAAAAGUUGCGUAGAAUGUGGGGUUCUAACAGCAACGAGCUGCGUGCGCUCGCUGCAGGUCAUUAUGAUGUAACAAUGUAACUUUUUUUAUUUGUACAAUGUAGUUUGUGUACAUAUUGUUGGAGCAGCUAAGGGGGGGAGGGUUAUGACGGGGUUGUUGAUGCUAUCGUCAGUGCUGUAACAGAAAUCCAGUACUUUCACCUCUAGCUGUUGUUGAUUUCCUGCAAAAAUAAUAAUAAUAAAUAAAUAAAUAAAGGAAAAAAGAUAAAAAAGCAAAAAUGAGAGAAACUGAAAAUGAGGAUGGAUGGGGAAAAAAAAUCAAACAAAAGUAAAAAUUCUAAAUUGUUAUUUUCUACAGUUGCAUGUACAGAGAGCGCAAGAACUGCUGUUGUUCCUCAGAGAUUAUGUUCGU